GAACGUAACGAUAGAGCUGGCUUGAACAAGUGGUUAAGUGGCGAAAAGGCGAUGACCGAUCUGGAAUCUGCUACUUUAUUAGCAGCUAGAGCACGUCAAUAUCUCACAUCGUCAAUAAGAAAUCUUGGUGUCUUCUCAGAAACACAACUUUCUUUGUUGCUGAGCUCGUCGAGUGAUACGUCGUAUACUGUGCAAGAUAACGAUUCGAGUCAGUUCAAUUCUCAAAGCAUUCAACAGCCAACUGAAUCGCCAUCGGUUGAAAACGAGAUGAAUCGUUCGCAGCAAGAAAUCAAUCUGGAUGAAAAGUGUCUUCUGGAAUUGUCGAGUCGUGACUUGUUUGAUGGGAGUUCGAUAUAUGGUGAGGAAUGUUUCGACGAGCGAUCACUGUACGGGUCUAAUGUUGAGAAUACCACAACAUCUGCAGUUUUAGACUGCGUUCGUGAUGAGGAUAACGGUAAAGAUGGCUUGCCUUCAGGCAAUAAUGAUGAUAGUGACGAAAUCCUCGAUAUCAAAAUACGUGCGAGUCAGAUUGAGAAACGACCAAUCGAAACAGAUGAUAAGGCGACACUCGUUGAAGAUGAAAAAAUUUUGGAUAAAAUCACCAAAAAGAUGAGUCGAACAUCGAUAUCCUCCUACGUGAAACGUGAACCAUUAACUGAAUCAAUGCUGAAAAAUGAACAAAUAAUUGGAUCGGUUCCGAAAUGUUCUCCUACGUUAUCAGCUAGUUCAAAAAUUCUUCAUACUGGGAUGGUGUUUGCCGAUAGCGGUAAUUUAGCAGAUGAUAAACAUCAAACUGAAAGGACAGAAUCGAAAAAGUUUGCAGUGCCCAAACGAGCCACGAAAUGCGUUGACGAGAACAAAAGUUCACCCAUUAUUGCAGAAAAUGAGCAAAGCAAAAUCACGAAAAAUGCUCAAAGUGACAUCGUUGAAACUAAAGAUGAUCUUAAACAGCGAUUAUCGGUACGAAAAAAUUUAGAGGCGAACAAUAGGGUCGCCUCCCAAGCAAUCGAGAAGCAUCGACCAAGCCCAGAACCCUCUAGAUAUCAAUCCGGGUCCGAAUUCGGCUGCUCAUUAGAUGACUCAGCUUUCAGUGCUCUAAUAUUCACAGCGGAACAAUCAGCAAUCCCGCCAUCUCCUUCGUCCCUACCAACUCAGAAGAUGGCCGCUCCAUUGCAGUCACCGAAAAAUGAUUGUUCGCUUUCUGAUUCCAUAUUCCUGGAUAUGCUCAUUGAAUCCGAAAACGAACCAAAAGGCGCCGCACUGCAGUCCCAGUCCCAAUCCAAAUCCCAGCCUCAACUUCCAGAACCUCAAAAUAAUCAGUUUGAAUCUGUUCGCGAUCUCACCGUACCUUUAUUAUCGGCAAACGGAAAUGAGAAAGUUACCGAAAGUUCCACUUCAAGUGCAGCAAUUUCAACUAGGAGCAGCAGCAGUGUCCAUCCAGUGCUCAAUAACUGCUCUGCAAUAUCAAAUAUCAUCGUUGCAGCCGCAGAGCAAAACACCUCCCGUAUUGAUGCAAUGAAAAUUUCAAAAGGAGUUCCUUGCAAUGGUGCAAAAAUUAGUGAUGUUAGUGAUGGUGUCAGCAAUGAGAUUGAGGCCGAAAGUCAUAAGGGUCAGGGAUCUGAUGUUGCAGAGGUAUCGAUACCGCGUCCGAGAGAAGUGCCAAUCUAUAAUAACGAAUGGCAAAAAGAUUCAUUCAACGAGAGUGAUGACAUAUUUGAAACGAGUCAGCAUUCACAAUUUACAUCUCAGCAAAUUUCAUCCAAUCAGCCCUACGAAGCAAAGCACAUCAAGCGCACGCGACAACAGUGUUACGUCAGUGAUAGCCCAACUGCAGUUUCACCAAGCUGUCAAAGUCCAAUGAAUAAACUUAUAAAGUUCUCAUCACCUCUCUCAACUUCAUCACCAAUCAACAAUACUAGUAGCAAUAUUCAUAACAGUCAUAUAACCAGUAAUAAUACUGUUAUUAAUAAUAUUGACAAUAAUAGUGUUAAUCAAGACGUCGAGCAUGCAGUGCUUCAGUCCUCUCUCACUGAGCGCACAACUCCCAACAAAUCUGUAGCAAAAUUUUCCACUCCAACCAGACGUCCUGAAGCAGUAAGGCUGGAAGCAGGAUUAGAAAAUAUGAAAGUAUCGGAAGAAAUAAAUCGUGCAUCGUUGAAUUUUUCGAUUGAUGACGUUUGCCGGUCAAAAUCACGGUGGUUGAAAUUCGUUGAAGAAGUGUCGUCGUGGAAUGGUGAUGUUGGUGUUGGGAUUUGUUUUUCAACAGGUGAUCGUUCCUGCGACAGCAGAUCCGAUAUCAGAGCUGUUGCAUUGUGUCCGUCGCGUGGCAAUCCUGCAUUCAUUCCAUUCGAGGGCGUUUCUGUUUAUGGUAAUGCAAACGAAGAAUCGCUCUAUCCGAGUUUCACGCCAUGUGAUUCAGUCAGUAUUGCCGACCGAAUUGACCUAUUCGAAUCGGUUCUUGCCUCAGCAAAUCAACGCAAAAUUUUGGUCGAUUUUCUACACUUCACUCGAUCCCUCAAAUCACCACCAUUCUCAAAAGGUCUCAUCCAGCAAAAACUAUCAAAUUGUGUUUGUAUUCGAACGCUCUCAUUCCUCGCAUAUUUCCGAAGCGCUGAUGGCGAAUCACCGCUCCACUAUAAGGAUCUAGUCGCGAGAUUGAUUCCGUCUGCAAUUGCCCUGAACAUUAUGAAGAGGAUUAAUGUUGUAUCAAGUGAACGGAUUCGUAUAUCAACGUACGCCUUACUGAACGUUCGGCUUUUCGAAAGUCUUUAUCCGUUAUCAGUUCGUUUAUCAUCACAACGAUUUAUCACUCUCGAAAUGGAUUCGUUGCUAUUGCUGGCGAGACUUGAAGCAGUUGGAAUCGGUUUCGAUGCUCAGACAGCUGAAAAUAUGAUUCGGAAGGUGAAAGAUGAAAUGUCGCAGUUAGAAGCAGAGGGAAGACGUUUGGCUGGAGUGGCAUUCAAUUUUGAUUCGCCGUCAGAGAUUGCAAACGUGCUCUUCGUCCGAAUGCGUAUUCCUCCUCUGAUCGCUUCCUCGUCGUCAACAAAAAACGAUCUAAAUACGAAUACAAGAACGAAUACAAGUCGUUCUUCUCAUUAUUCAACGAAUAAGACCGUCUUAAAACAACUCUCGAAGCAGUAUCCUAUUUGUGGUGUAAUUUUAAAAUGGCGCAGACUGAACACGGCUCUUUUGACAUCUCUGCAAAAUUUACUGCACGAAUAUGAAUCGCAUAUUGGUAGUGAAUCCACCGGCAAUAAUAAGUUAACGAACCGAAUUCAUACCAACUUUACGAUCUUCUCGCAAACCGGUCGUGUGCAGUCCGUUCGUCCGAACAUACAAAACGUGCAGAAAGAUGAAAUUGUAGACUCACUGUCAGUCAGAUCGCUUUUUAUCGCACCACCCGGUUACAAAUUGAUAUCAGCUGAUUAUUCGCAAUUAGAGCUGAGAGUGCUUGCUGCGCUGUCGAAAGAUGACACUCUCAUGGAACUUUUCAAAUCUGGUAGUGAUGUGUUUCAAAUGAUGACAGAUCGAUGGAAUGGAAACAAAUUGAUUGGAGUCAGUGUUGACCGGCAAAAAGUCAAGCAGGUGAGUUCUUAG